CGCGAACAGACGCGGGAAUGAAACUGACAUCUACUCACACACAUAAAUGACAGGAGGUUCAUUCGCCAUUUCAUCGACGGAUAUGAUUAGAUUCUCGGCGUGGUGUUUGUAUACCAUACUCCAUAGCGGAUGAGGACACUGACUGUGAUAAUUGCACCACACCGCUUCCCAUUGUAUCAAUUUGUUGUAUUUCCGUGAACACAUCCGAUAUUUCUCAAGCUCUUUCCAAUAAUCUCGGGUAUCGUUGGGUUGUGUCCCUAGGAUUAUCUCCCCUGUCGGUUAGGUAACACUAUCAUCUCCCCGGGACACAGUGGUAGCCUCGCGAUCAUUAUCGAUCAGUUCGAGGACGUGCUAGUCUGACGAUAAAGAGUGGGCUUAGCGCCGGAGAUUAUGGUCGAAUCCAGAAGUUGAUAUGACAAUGGAAAUAGACCCGAGCACUUGACACUUGUGCUAGAGGGCGUUAGACCUGUAUACCUGUACGACCUGACUGACAAACAGGUGCUUCACCAACAUAACUCUUAAAACAGGGUUUUAAAACAGAGCUUUAAUUUACUUCUGAUCACGAUUUUCUGAAACCAAACAUUGAUUCGACGUUAAAGGGAUUGUAUAAGAAAAAAAGUCUUUCUGGAGUAGGCCUGAAACUCAACACUUUUAGCGUGGUAUUGACAGAAAUGGAGAACGGGUCUUCGAUUUAAUGGAAUACAAACCUGUCUCAUCUGCAGGCGUAAGACAGUAUUGAAAGAAACAAUACAGACGCUGAGUGUUAUCUGAAGCCGAGUAUUGUGUAUGCACAGGUGUUCCUCAAUCGGCUGUACAUAUUGGACUAACCUCAGCAUAAAUCAGCAGAAUUGUUUUAGACGUGUUGUGAAAUAGCAGGACGUGCUACAUGUGAUUUUUCCCGGAAAUACGAAAACUUUUUUUCUAUUACUCACCUUUUGAUGAGCUUUAUGGAAUUUUAACGGAAAGACGUGACAGUGCGUUUCUUUUAAUAUAAACUUCCAAGAUGAUAGCGGUUAUAUGUGUGAUGCUACUGUUCUCGGAUCUGAUCGGGCCAGCACAGGGGAAGUUCUCACAAGAAUGUGCCUCACAGCUCGACAACUGUCCGCAAGGACACGAGAUGGCGCCGUGCCCGGAGGAGGCGGGGUCAUUUAAAUGUAAACAAUGCUCGGACGCCACCUUCCAGCCGGACAGAAAUGUAUGGGGGGAUAAAUGCCGUCUCAGGAAGGUUUGUAAUUCCCGCCCAAACAUGACCUACAAGGAUUACGGCAGUACCAUCAGGGACGCGGACUGCAAGUGUAGACCUGGCUAUCACUUUGAAAACAUAGACCAACGCGCAUGCGUACCAAAUAAAGUCUGCGAUAAAGGAUAUGGACAAGGCGAUUAUGGGAAAUGCGAGAAAUGCAUUGACCUUAACAUGUACUCCGACAAAAAGGACAAAAUCCAAACGUGCCAGCCCUUAACAAAUUGUGAGAAGGACAGCCGGUGUACUAAAACAAAGAGCAAUGGUACAUUCGACAACGUGUGUGGGGGCAGUAGAGUGAAAGAUGUCGCAAAAUGUGAGAAUGCGACAGCUGAAAAUACUAAUGGAGAUGACCAGGGCUUUCUCGGUACUGGGGCAGUCAUUGGGCUCGUUGUCGGAUCCGUCGUGGUCAUUCUUUUCAUCAUUUUCAUCUUCAUCUGUCUCCGACGUCGACGACAAUCACGAAAUGUAGAGGAUCCACUGACUGAAGACCAAUUUAAAAAGUUAAUGGAACGAAUAAUUGAAAAAUCGGAUGAAGAAGAGGCGUAUUGUAAGAAAGUGCUGAGUGCGUCGUUUCGGGAGAUUGAGGACAGGAUAGAUCGCCAGAAGUGGUCUCUUGCCCAGGAACUGUUCCGGAAUCACUACCAACCCGCCAUGUAUGAAGUUAUCGUCGAUAAGUACAAAGACAAGGAAUGUAAGUUUGCCGUGAAUGGCUACCUUCAGGAUUGGCGGGAAUACAUGGGAGAGACAGCCCAAUCUGUGCAGUUCUUGUUUAGAUGUCUUAAACAGUGUAGGCGGGAAGAUAUCGUGUAUGAAAUCUGCAACAAGUUCAGAGAAGUUGACUCUCAUUGCACAGGCUACCCCGAAGUGGUAAUUGACGCAGAAGCACAACUAGAGAAUGGGGUGGUGAAGAAGCGAAAGCCUAAUUCGAAAUACAGCAACGGAAUCCUAUCGACUCUAUUUCCGUGCUCGAGCUGUGGCAAUCACAGGCAACACGGAAACGCAAACAAGCAGGAAAACAAUGAAACAAAAGACAAACUUCUAAACCUGGAGUCGUCGCCGUCUAAAGAGGAGAAUAUGUGUGGAAAAGACGUCGACCUGCAGCCCCACGAUGCCGGUGCUAUUUAUAGAGAAAGGCCUAGUCCAAGUGCGCCGGUCAUAGACGAGGCAGGUCACGUGCACGUAGUUGUUCCGUUCAAUCGUGCUAUGUCCUUCCCAAUACAGGCCAGUUCGUGAUCACGUGACACUGAUUACCUUAGUGGAUCACGUCAUAUGAUAAUAUCAGAAAGGCGACCGUUUCUAUUGUGUUCAACGUUUCAUUCAUCUGAUAUAGUGGAUCAAAGAUCCUAGUAGAACUCAUAACUAAGGUGUGGAAGUUGUUCUGACACUCAGCACACACCCGUACAUGUGAUGGCGGUCGUCUUUGUGUGUGUAUAGCAAAAACAAAUAUCAAAAAACCUGUAUGGUAUUUGUUAAGUGACAGAAAUUAGAUGACGCUUUGGCCUGGACAAAACAAAAAAACCGAAUGGAAAUUAUUCCGAAAUUUUAAGACCAAAAUACAUGACAAGACAUUUGUUCUUAAAACGCAGUAAUUGAUUAUAAUCAAGAUGAUCUUCACUAUCGAAUCAAUAGGUGAAACAUCUUACGAGACAAGGUUUAUUCCUAAGUCCAGUAACAAUCACGCAACUCUAUUUCAAAACACAUGAAAAAAGAGAAGAUUACGUAUAUUGCAACAUAGAAAAACUUCAGUGCAAUGUGAAAUAUGCUAUAAAGGUGUAUGUUCUGUAUUCGUUUCAGUUUCAUGUUUAAUUGAGAAUAAGUGUUUGGUUUUACAGGCGGAAAACUAUACUAGUAUGAGAGUACGUGAAACUUUCAAUAUCCUAGUUUGAUGGAGAACUUGUAAAGUUGUCGUUGGCAUGUAACAUGCCACAGUCGAGGAUAUUAAGUAUCAUCACUGAGGUACUGAUGAUUAUGAACUUGAGCAAUUGAGUGUAAGAAUGCGUUUCAAUGAAUAUAAAGAUUGGAUGGACAUGUGUGUGCUUUAUUGCACCUUUUAAAACAUUAUGUAUAGCUUCUGGGAUCAAGUAAUGAAUCUUAUUGUGUGAAAUGAAUAUUUUUAUCAUGAACCUAAAUGUCGGUUUUGUAAUAUAGGUAAUGUACUGGAGUAAGUCGUAUGUCUGUUACUGUUUUUUUUUAUAGAUUAUCAAUUCGUUUUCAUCUUUAACACGUGACUUUUUUUACGUCCUUGGAUAUCGACAUGUGCUCAAUUAGGAUGUCAAAUGUAAGCAGUGACGAGGAAUUAGAACAAUAAGGAUAACAAAGGACUGUGAAUAGUCGGUGUAAAAUUUACUGGCUGUUCAUGACCUCUUGUUACACAUGUAUGUGUGUCUGAGAAUUCAAUCUUCAAAUCUUGAAUCUUGCUAUAACAAAGGACUACCAUAGGUAUAACACAGGAUUGUAAAAACUGGUAUAACACAGUGACUCACUUUUCAUACAUUAGUACAUAGUAUUACAUCUGGGAUUUGCAAUACUUAUCAUACAAUAGGAAAUAACACUUAUUUAUCAUUAUCAAAAUAAGACUAAAUUUCCAUGAUAUUAUCUCCUUAUAUCUUUCAUGGUCCCCAGAAAAUGUCAAUUGAUUUUCUUCCUUUUUUUAAAUUUUAAAUUUAUAUUUUAAAUUUUGAAAACAUUUUUGACAAAAUAUUGACAAGUAUAACGAUUUUUCUAUUCAAUUCAUCAAAUGUUAUAUAAUGCAAAAUUUCAGUAUAUACAUGGAACCUGUAAUUGACAAGGGCUUCAUUAUAUGCCAAUGUUUAGAUCGGUGUUGACGAAAUACUGGAGUGUUUAAAGGUAUAUAAAGGUAAAAUAAAAUAAGGUAUAUUUUUUUUUUAAUGUAGAUGUUAUUCUUUUGAUGUAAAAUUCCAUGUGUUUGAUCGAAAUGAAAUAAUAAAGUUUCAUUGUUAGAGGUAUGUUUACAUACAAGUCGACUGAAAUAGUUCGCAUUCGAAAUAUUUUACUUCAGAAUCAGGAAAAAAGAAACAAAAUAUUCACAGCAAUUUCUCUAACACCAAUUCAAACUGGUUGAAUCGUUCACCCCUAAUGUUUCUUUAUGGACUAUUUCGAGCUGUGAAUUGGAAGAGUUCAAAUGUGACUUUAGGUGCGAGUGUUGAAACAGCUACCUGUGUACCAAAAUUUCUUUCAGCUAAUAUAGAAUUGGAUUUUAUCCAUUAAUUCACUCCCACUGUAAUGAUAUGUAUAAUUAAGGCAGAACCUAUGGAGAUAUCAUGUUUGUGGUACAUUACAUUCGUAACUGGUAUUUACAGCCCGUUAUCUGCCCUAAUUAGGAAUGAUAACCCAGUAAUAAUCCUAAACCCUGACAAGACCAUUUCAUAUCUUCUCGUGCGAUUGGCAUUUGCCUGACGUUGUCAUGGAAACUAAACGUAAUAACCUGUCAUUUCAAUAUGAAUGUGUCGCUUAUCCCGAUGUCUGGGCGGUUAAAUAUCACGUGAGAUAUAACGGUUUCCUGAAAGACUUUAUCGUGCAUCAUUUACCUGAAAUAUAACUAUUUGUAAAUAUGGUGUCGUUAGAAAUAUUAUUUACCGCAAUUUAUGCUUAUCUGCAUUUUCACUCAGAUAAACGUUUUUGUCAGGUGCUGUAGUCGAAGUGAAAGGAGAGGAUGCACGGGCAUCCUUGAAGCCGUUAUUAUAUAAACAAAAAAAGGUUUCGUUUUGUAUUCGACUUUUGCUGAUGUGAUGGCAGAUUGUUCUAUUUUAUAUUUUAAUAAGCCUACUCAAAGUUGUGAGAAAAGAUUUUAAUUACUUUUGCUUACAGAUCAAAAUUGAUUUUCAAAAUGUGUAGAAUUCCAUGAAAUUUUUGUUGGAAAUUUCAAAACGAAACAAUUAAAAAGAAGUAUUCGCAAUAUUCGACAGAGGCUAUUGGUAGUUGCGUAUUAUUAAAAAAAAAAAAAUGUUCAUACUGCAAUAUAUUUGUUUGCUGAAUAUUAAUAUAGUUGUAUUUAAUGCAAAUGUCUAAAUCCAGAAACUGUUCAUGAGUUUAUUUCAUUUAUGUAGAUGUCAUUAUGCGUUAGUUUAUUAUAUUUAGUCUCACAUUCCAUCAAACAGACUUAAUCAUUUAUAUAUAAUCAGUCAUAUGUUAGUUACAUAGUUUAUAUCUAAUAACAUAGAUUUUAUUUCACUGUUAUGAAUAUCUUGCCUCGUAGCAAUUGCACUGUGUUCCAUUGCUUGCCAAUCACCGAAUCUACUUUAAGGUCCAAUGAAGUGUUUAUUUUCCAUGUGAUCAUAAUCUCUAGUGACGAGGAGAGGCAAACAAUUAGGUGCAUGCAAAUAAUUCUGUAUGCGAUUAGUAUAUAUUCCUAUGGAUCUUUAAUGCAUUGUACGACUAAUUCCAUCCCUCAGUGACUCGGUGACCGGCUUAGCACACUAUUAUCAUCACAAUAAGAAUUUUGCUGUAUUUUUCUCUAUUUUUCCACACCGACGUACAUUGUAUUAAUGUAUUCCCCCUUUAGUCCCAAUAUCACAAUCACAAAUGUCAAUCUCGUUAUAGUCUACCACUAUCAACCCAUACCCUUUGUUGUAUGUCGAGACCAUUAUAUUCCAUUCUAUUCAUUUUUUUUAUAAUUUAAUCAAUUAUACACUAAAAUUUAUCUGAAAUCUACAAUAUCUUCUGUUUUGAAAAGAUUUAAUCUGAGAUGUGGUUUCUGCUAUGUUGCUGUACGAAUCAAAUAGUUGUCAUUGUAACUCUACUAAAACUCGUAAAAUCGCUUUUUUCAUAUUUUGUAUUUUUGCGUACGACGUCAUCAUGUGGUGCGUACUUGUGAUACUAUAAUUAAUGAAAUGCUUAUUAGCUAUGUAUACAAAAUUAUGGAUUUAUUUGUUUUCCUUACAUGUAAUGUGUACUAUAUUACUUGCAUUUUGUCCCAUUGUUGGGGAAAAGCGAUGUUGGUUUAUGAAUUAGCCAAAUAAAACAUAUUUUUUGAUU